GGAAUUUGUCGGAUCUGCCACGAUUCCGGUCUGCUGAACAGCCAUGAGCUUUUGAUCGCUUCGGUUAUCUUUGCGCCUGUGGAAUGCCUAAAAGCUGGUCUGCAAUGCUCACUCUCAUGAUCGCCGCUCUCUGCAUUCGCCCACCGUGAUCAACGCUUUCGUCUUGCUUGACACCCUUGGCUAUUGGUACGCGAACCUCCUGGAUACCUGGAGAUGUCUGAUCUAGGAUGGAACAUCUGGGGUGUCGUGGGCGGCGUCAUCGGAACUAUCCUAGCGGUGGUUCCGCUCUUCCUCGUCUGGUUGCGCGUCCGAUUGCCAUCGAAGAAACUCCCUAGUCUACUCGCUGUUCUAGAGGACACGAAAGAGCUCUUUGCAAAAGCGGUCCGCGCAGGUGCUCUCGCGGACGUGCAGGAGAUCCAGCAGAUUGAGUUCAGCAUAGCGACCGCGUCCGUACACGUGGACGAAUUUCGCGCGACGGUCUACGCGGCAACGUCGUACUGGCAAAAUGUCAAAAAUUGGUGGAACGGUCUCUCGUCCAGAAUGGUGGACUUGUACGAAGCGCUGAACGUCGUCCGUGUCCGGCUGGUCAAACUGAACUCCUGCGAACGAAAGAUGCUGAAGGAGUUGGAUGCUGGAUAUUCAUCAUGUCCAGAUGUCCCCGACCAUACCCUAUUGCCCCCUCCGGAGUAUACCUCUGAGCCGCCUGUUACGCAUCUCUCGCCACCCCCCUCAACUGGGAUUGAAGACCAGCCCCCUCUUCGUUCCACGUCUCCAGGGCCUUCGCUAGCGUCCCUUCUCCGCAACGCCGAUAUUCCUGGAGACGCCCUAGAGGAGACGCUCCCGUCCUGCUCUCGUCCUACAUACCACGUCGUAUCGGACCCGGAUCUGCAGAGCUUGCUCUCCCUCGCUGCCGCCCAGCUUCUGCUACGCCACGAACAACGCAAGCGCCAACGAACGCAAGACCAGGACUCGCACCGUCCCAGUCGGCAGGCUCGCGGUCCUGGCUCCGCCUCGUUCCCAGGCCGACGCGCUAGGCGGACGCGUGGUGGGGCACUCGCGCGUCUUGUGCGACACGCAUACGGCGUCCAGCACGUCGAUGUCAACGGGGGCGCACAAAACGCCGACAUCGACCCGGAGUCAUUGGAGUUGUUACCCCAGGGCGAGGCAGACGACGGGGAGUGGCAGGAUGAAUGAAGCGCGACUUUUCCCAACUUCGUCGACGCAGUCUGUCUUGUUCGUUGUGUUCUGUGUUGGCCCUGAAUCCACCCUUUC